GCUACAUGGACAACAGAAAUGUAAUCCGCUUAGCGGUCGUUUAUUUCCUACCACAUGGAAUGAAGCCAUUUGAUGCUUUUUGAAGACGUAAAAAUCUAUGGUUUGAAUUGUUAUAACAAAGACUCUUCCCAUGUUCAAAUCGCUGUUAGUUUUAAAGAGUGCCUGGUAUGACCGAAUAUCGCAGAGAUGUUGAUGUUUAUCGGCAACAAAGGGACGACCAAAACUAUACUGACAGCGCAUCCCAGAAUGCAUUUUAUGUGUUUCUCCGCUGUCCUCCAGAUUGGCGGCGCAAUCUCACUCGAUUCUGUGCAUCUGCUCAAAUUCUCCUGACAAGAGGCAGAACUUUACGAAGUCUACCGAGGGUGUUUAUACUGCGCAGAGCAUUUUUUCUCUUUUGGAUAUUAACAGUUAUUCUGUUCGUGUACCUGAAGUGGUAUUUUCCCCUAUAUCUGACAAGCACGGUAAAUCGCAACAGUUUAGAAGAGUUUAGAUGGGACUGGUGUCGAGUGCGGAGGGUUUCGAUAGACUGGGAAUCACUCAGUUCCCCUUGCGAAGGGAACGCCAAAUUUGGUAUAGGCCUACCCGGUUGGGGGAUCGGAAACAGGACUGACCCGAGGCAAAGCUUCAUGCCUUCUAUGGAUAUCAGACCUGCAGGCGAGUUUAGUAGGUUCAGUAUUCAGUCUCAGACAUCUAAUGGUAAACCUAAGGCUAUCGGGGGUGACGAUUGGCGGAUUCUUAUAUGGGGCCCAUCAGUGCUGGCACCGACAGUGAUUGAUCACGGUAAUGGAACGUACGAGGUGCUGUUUCUUAUCUUGGAGCCUGGUACCUACUCUGCAUCAAUUGUUUUGGACUACUCCCUAUGCGACGGAAUGAAAAAUCCACCUGAUUACUGGUUCCUGAUUGGAAAUAUCCAUGGAAACGGCCAACCACAUGGUACCCUAAUGGAACCUUACGUCUAUUUACAAAUUCCUCUUUGGGAAGGAAUACCGCUGACCAUAGAAGUGCCGUCACCGGUUGGUCCGACUAGAUAUGAAGAAUUUCUCAGUUAUGGAUUUGGCAAUUCUCCAUCUUGCAGCGAGGAUUGCAAGCUCUUAUGGGAUGGCUUUGGCCGCUGGUCUAAUGGAACCUGGAAGGCACAUGUGGAAGGUUUGUGGACGACACGUUCUUCAAGGAACCGAGAAGGCCUAUUGUGGAUUUAUGGAGAUUCAAAUGCGGGUCGGUUUUACCGCUCUAUCAGCCGAACGCCGCUGUGUAAUACAGUUUUCCGCGGUUGCAGUUUCUCGUACAACUGGAUCUAUCCAAUUGAAAAUGCUACUGUGGAAAUGCAACAAAGAAAUUUCCUAGCAAUAAAUGUAACCCGAGUGGUGGACGCCAUUGCAAAAGUAAUGUAUUUGCCACAGAUGAACAACAAGAAAAGUGUCAUUCUUCUAAAUCAUGGUCUGCAUUUUAUGACUUCCACAAACUUCACAACAUACCGCGAGGUUGUCGACGGAAUAGUGGAUUUGUUUAAAGAGACUAAGACCAACAAGGACGGAAAAGAAGAACUUAAGUUCCAAGGGAAAGUUAUUUGGAAGACAACCUCCGCCAUCCACCGGGAAAGAUUAAGAUCUCCCCAUCAUCAUAAGCGAAGAUUUUUAACUCGUCAGCGGGUACAACUGUACAACGCUUACUCUACCUGGGCCAUGUGUCAAGCUGGUUUUGAGGUACUUGAUGUGUACCCAAUUAGUGCGUCUUUUCCAAAUGGAACCGACAACAGCUUGGAUCCUUACGACGCCGUCCAUUACAAGAACUUGGUGUUCAAGCCUGUGGAACACAUUCUUCUCGAAUACUUCAGUCCUAGGUGGACAACAGUCAAUAACACAAACAGAGAAGUGUGAAAAACCUUGGGGAUGAACGAGAACAAUCCGCCGAAGCAAAUUCUGAAAAGCUGACGGUUCGGCGUUAGCCCUCCCCGGAGAGUAAAUAUUAUUGACUGACGCAUAGUGAUUUGCCUCCACCGACCUCCCUAGAAGGUAGAUAGUAUUGAUCGGCGCCAAGUGAUUUGCCUCCACCCAAGGUUAACACCCGAAAAACGUCAGCUGUUCAAAAGAUUGCUGGCACUUUACCUGCCUUUCUAAAGUUUUCGGGUUAUGGAACAAUCCAAAGAAAUUAAUUGGAUUAAUUAGUAUUUAAGCACUACGUGCGAUAUUUUUCUUAUUCAUGUUGAUGCUGUUUUUUUCUUUUUUGAGGCUUAAUUUGAGUUUUAAUAUUGUUGAUUUAAAAGAUGUCACAGAGGACGGUACGCAAAGAUUAUAAAUAUUUUGUAGUUUUAUCAAAUACUCACGCAGGAAUGCUUCAUUCGUAGGCAGUGCUUUUCUUAUUCUUGAUGCUGCUGUUUUUUUAAUGCCUAAUUCGAGUUUUAAUAUUGUAGAUUUAAAAGAUGUUUUCGGAGGACGGUACGCAAAGAUUAUGAAUAUUUUGUAGUUUUAUCAAAUACCCACACACAAAUGUUUAGUUCGAAGGUAGCCAUCUUUGUUUUAGACUUUUGAUUUUUCCUGACUGGAACUGACUUGGUUUAUUUGCAAAGAUGAAAAUACGUUCAGAAUUACUUAUUAAAAGGUUUGGAAUUGUAUUUCUCUUUAAUUCAGAGGCCCGGCAAUGUAAUAGAAUUGACUUUCACCUUUUCUUGUUAUUCAAAUUAUUAUUAGAUGUUGUUUCGGUCAAUAUUUCUAAACGUAUUAGCUGUACGGUUGGAAAAGAAAUUCCACAUCUACGCACACUCAUGUACCAUUUUCUAAAUUACAAUUCUUGGGGGGCCGCUUGGCUCGUAAAUUAAACGACAACAGACAGACAGACUUAAACCUUUUGUUUGUGUUCAUUAAGAUAAAAUUCAUACCAUAUGUGUUAAACCUCGCAUUAGAGG